UUGUUUCCUCGUGAUGGUUCACCCUCAGGCUCUAGAUACAAUUUCAAUCCAUUUUGGCCUGUUCUUCGGUCCUUUUGCCAAGCUUUUAGACGAAAUUAAAUUUUCGAGAAUCAUUUUUCGCGAAAAAAACCGACGGAGCGAUAACGGAAUGGACGAUUACAUGCCCCCACGGUACCAACUGCUCGGUAGGAUAGGAGAAGGUGUCCACGGCGUGGUGGUGAAGGCCCGGGAUCUGAGCAACGACGACAAGAUUGUGGCAAUUAAAAAGCUCACGCUCCGGACGAAGCAUGGCUGGAUUUCGCCGAACACGAUACGGGAGAUCAAAGUGUUGCAGAAUUCGCAGUGUGAGAAUAUUUUAUCCUUACUCGACAUGUAUCCUGACCUAUCCGGGAUAUCGCUGGUGUUCGAGUACAUGCCCUACACACUGUAUAGCAAAAUGAAGGACGAGGAGCAUCCACUAUCCCGGCACGAAAUCCGACGGUACAUGGCGAUGCUACUGAACGGCCUCAAGUAUCUCCACGAGCUGAAAAUCAUGCACCGGGACAUAAAACCAGCCAAUUUACUAAUUGACAAGCACGAUGUGUUGAAAAUUUGCGACUUCGGUUUGGCCCGGUUGUUUAACGAUCAAGACCCUUCGAAGGUGUACUCCCCGCAAGUGGCAACCCGGUGGUACCGGGCACCGGAAAUACUCUGGGGAUGCCAAACGUACGGACCUUCGAUUGAUAUGUGGGCGGCAGGGUGCGUGUUUGCCGAGAUGCUUCGGGGCGUGCCGCUUUUUUCCGGGGCAACCGAUAUCGAACAGUUGGCGCUGGUGGUGCGGACCCUGGGGACGCCCAUCUUGAAGGAAUGGCCUGAGGUGCGCAGCCUGCCGGACUACAACAAAAUACGGUUUCCCAACGCCAAGGGCGAACGGUGGGAGGAUAUUUUCCCUAGUUUCACUACCAAACACGAGAUAGGCCUGGUGGACGGGCUGGUGACGUACAACCCGAGCCGGCGGUUGACAGCGGAGGAGGCCAUGCACCAGCCGUAUUUCACGGACGGUGAUGAAAGCUAGGACCCGGAAGGAUCACACCAGUUAGAGGCCCUGAUGAGUUGGUCAUCCCCCAAAGUGGCGAUUAUCAUCUCGGUGUGGUAUCGUUUGUUGGUCCUUUUAGGCCAUGGACACGUGAAUUUUCCUCUGCUUGAAACGCCGACAGAAAACCAACCGCCAUAAGCGCACAGAGGAAAAAAGGGUUGAAACAUAAAGUAAAUAUAUAUUAGUCCGCAGGCGGUGAUUACCUUGCCAAAACUCUCUGCUGCUCACUGUUGCUCGUCCAGUGAAAUAUCACCAGGAGAUGACGGUCGGUACUCACGGAGGCCAAAGUGUACCGUCCCACCAGCCCAAAGAAUGACACGGAAUGUGCUUUUAUCGUCAUCAUUAUUAAUUUAAAUGUUUAGUCAGACUCGGCCAGGACGACAGCAGCCGUCCAAAAAAAAAAAACGCUUUAAUUUCGAGCAACUUUUACCACCAUCCGUAAAACGGGCGGAAAAGUGAAAAUGAGAUCACCAUCACAUUAAACGAUAGGAUUACGAGCUAUACAACCGCAUAGCUGUACGGUGCAGAUGCCCAAGAAGAAGGCUUCUGGUUCGCCAUCCGAAAUCAAAUUGAAGCACUCUCCGCCGCAACAAUAAAUCACCGUGGUAGGCUACUAAGAAAUAAUGGCGAAAGUUUCUUCAGCCUUGGAGAGGAGGCAGGCAACGCCAACAGGCAGUGAAAUUUUCCAUUCCAUACAGUCAUCUAUCGGUACGAGACCUACCACACAUCGAGAAAUUAUUUACAAUUUACCAUAUGUUUUCAACUGUUAAGCUCACCGUUUUUGGUCCAACGAUUAUUGUCAUUCGAAACAUGUAGGAAAUUAACAAGUCGUAUCAUGAUCCUGGCUGCUGGGAUAAAUGUCUCAAAUGGAGAAUAUCGUGCCUCUGGAGUUGGCCUGCUGAUGAUCCUGGCUUCGACAGCAAUCUACAUAGAUUUGUUUAACAUCAAUAGAAAAUAAAGAGCCC